AUGUUGCCAGCCAUUGAGGCUAUGUUCCUACAAUAUGACUCGCAAAAGCUUCUGGCACGUCAUUCCUUGGUUUUCUGUCGGCCUUAUGCUCGCUAUCUCUACCUCAUGCCAGUAUCGCCGAGGUCGCUAAUCCCUCGAUUCUCCGGACAUUUCACCUACAAUUCAAUUAUCGUUUUGAGAUAUUGA